UUAAGUGGUCAGAAUUUGAGACCACUGUUCUCAUUGAAGCAAUGAAAGAAGCUGUAAAAAAUGGUCACAAAUCCGGUAAUUCAUUUAACAAAACUGGAUGGGAGAACAUUACAAAGCAAUUUCAACAGGCUUUAAAUCGUCCAGUCGGGAGAGAACAGUUACGCAAUAAGAUGAACAAGUUGAAACAAGAGUAUCAACAGUUCAAGAGACUGCUUGACACAACUGGAUUUGGGUGGAACUCAAUGACAAAAGCAGUCACAGUUGAUGAUGAGUCCGUAUGGGAUAGGGCAAUACAGGCAAAUCCAGGUUGGUUGAAAUACAAGAAGUAUGGACUAAACAAUUGGCCAGAUUUGAGCAUGGUAUUUGGGGAUGCAUAUGCUACAGGUAACUUAGGGGUUGACAGUGCUCAAGAUUUGGAUGACAUCGAAGCUGUUAAUACAGUUGAUAUUGAGCAAUUCUCUCACUCCCCCAGUACCCCGGUGCAUAUAAGCAUGAAUGACCCCUUUCAUGAGGAUACUCAUACUCCAACUCAGACCACCACAAAACGAAGUCUUGAUAGGACACCUACGGGACGAAGAAAAAAGAGCGCCAAUAAGGGAGAUAGACACGUGAAGGACUUGUAUGGGCAGUAUUUAUCCAUGAAAAUUGAAAAAGCAUCCAGUAGUUCUGUAACAUCUCCUGUUCGUGGUGGGGUAGGUGCAUCUUGUCCUCGAGAUUUCAGUGUGAGUGCAUGUGAGGCGGUGAUAUCCUCCAUACCGGAUAUAUCAAAGGAGAUAUAUUUGAAGGCCACCAGUCGUAUAUGUACUGAUCCUAGUUGGAGGGAGUUGUUUGUCUGUGCAGAGCCUGCGAAGAGGAUUUGGCUUUUAGAUGCGUUGGAGUAGUUGAUGUUGUGUUUGAAUGCUACUUUUGAUAAUUUUGGAUUCAAGACUCUACAUUUGGUGUGUGUAAUUUUACUUCUGGAGAUACAUUGCAUGAUUUGGCUUUUAUUUCUUUCGUG